AUGACGACGCACGCGCGAUUCGCGUCCAACGCGCAUGCGGCGCGCGCGCCGCGACGGCCGCGCGCGCGCGCGAACCCGCGCGCGCGUCGACAGGGGAACGGCGGCGAUUCGGCGCGACGCGCGGUGAGCGAUGGCGGCUUAGAUGCGGCGAGAGAGGCGGCGAGAGAGCGCGACGUGGCGGCGAAGUGGGCGGGCGGCGCGUCCAAGGCGUCCUCGUCGUCGUCGCCGUCGCCGUCGCUCGUGGACCGAGCGAAACGUGCCGCGGGACGGGCAAAGACUGGGGAAGACGCGUCGACCUCGAGCGGGGAAGGAUUCGAGGGCGAGAGCUGUUUGCUUGGCGAUGGGAUUUGGGAACGACUGCGCGAAGAGGCGAAAACGGAUCUCGAAGGUGAACCCGCGCUGGCGAGUUAUUUGUAUUCCACCGUGUUGGCGCACAAGAGCAUCGAGGACGUCUUGGCGUUUGUGCUCGCGAACAAGCUGCGAAACAACGUGUUGUUGGAUUCGCAAUUGCUCGAGCUCUUCAGUUCACAGUAUAAAAAGUACCCCGAGCUCGGCAAAAAGUGUUUAGCGGACAUGCAAGCGGUGUACGAACGCGAUCCCGCGUGCGAUAGGUAUUUGGCCAUCGUGCUGUUCUUCAAAGGGUUCCAAGCCAUUCAGGCGCAACGCGUGGCGCACUCGCUCUGGCUGGAAGACCGCAAAGCGUUGAGUUUUUUGCUACAGAAUCGAAUCUCGGAAGUUUUCCACGUCGACAUUCACCCGGGCGCGGUGUUGGGUCAAGGGAUGAUGAUGGAUCACGCCACGGGCGUCGUCAUCGGUGAGACGGCCGUGGUCGGAGAAAACGUCUCCAUUCUCCACGGCGUCACUUUGGGCGGGACCGGUACGUCACAGGGCGAUCGACACCCUAAAGUUGGAGACGGCGUCGUUAUCGGCGCGAACGUCACGAUUUUAGGGAAUAUCAACGUAGGCGCCGACACAAAAAUCGGCGCCGGCUCGGUGGUGCUCGACGACAUACCCGAAGGGUCCACCGCCGUGGGUAUUCCUGCUAAAGUCAUCAACCGCGGCGCACCGCAGCAACCAUCGCUGUCGAUGGACCAAACGUCCUACAUCACGGACUACUUUAUCUGA